CUUCGGCGAAGAAACAUAACAGACGCGACGCGACCGACGUAAACAUCAUGUUAACACCUGGCAAAAGAGUUUGGCGGAAGCUGCUAAAAAAACAACAAAGAAAACGCAGACGACAGAAAUAUGCACGAGAGAGGGAUAAAGAGGAGGCACUUGAGCAGGGCAUCAAGGAGACAGAUCCUGAGUAUCAAGCAUGGGUAAAACAGCAAGAGGAACUAGAGGAAUUUCAGCGACUGGCAGCCGAGCGGGUUCAACAGGAUGGGGAGGAGGAGUGGCUGCGUCGAGAGGCAUUGGCACAACGUCAGUUCCAGCUGGACAGGGCUAAACUUCGGCAGCAAGAGGCUGAAGUGGAGCGACUACGAGCACAGCAGGCCAAAGAGUUGGAGGCAUUGCAGCAGGAGCAGCGUUUACGGCGGGAGCACAAGGAAAGACUGGCUGAGGAGGCUGCAGCCGAAUUCGAGGCAAUGAUGCAACGGAUGCACGAAUACAUGGAAGACACAGGAAAUCGAACACCGCCAAGUGAGCUGCGUCGUGUGGUUGACACCCAUCCCGAAGAGCGUCUAUGCGAGUUCUUCACACGCACCAAUUGCUGCCGCUACGGUCAUGCUUGCACCUUCAAUCAUAAGCGUCCUAUGCUAGCUAAAAUCAUACUUAUUCGUCACUUCUUCACACAUCCGCUUCUGCAGGGUAAAGAUACGAGCACAGAGUAUGCCAAUGGCGACGAGCACUUGCAGCUGACUGAUCGAGAUUUGCGGGCCGACUAUGAUGAGUUCUUUAAGGAUGUGGUCGGCGAACUGGAGAAAUUUGGCAAAAUUAUCAAUUUUCGUGCGGUACGCAAUACGUUGCCCCAUCUCCGUGGUCACGUUUUUGUGGAGUACGCGCAGGAACGCUUUGCCCUGAAAGCCUUUAUUAAUCUGCAGGGUCGAUAUUAUGCCUCUAAGCGACUGAAUGUGGAGUUCUCCAAUUUAAACGGAUGGCGCGGUGCUAUUUGCGGUUUGUCCUUAACACGCAAAUGUCCUAAGGGUUACAGCUGUGGCUACCUCCACUUGUUUCGCAAUCCAAAUAAUCUGUUUAAUGGCAACUUGGAGACUUACUCCACGCCAAGUACGGCCCGAUUCCACAGUAACACACCUAGAUCUCAGACGCCUAGCUGGAACGACAUUGGGGAGGAAUCACGCAACUGGCGUUGGUCAGAGAGUCCCGAGCCAGAAGUGAACAGUUCUGAACCGAGGAGCACAAGCUCACAUCGCUGCAGAGACUCUAGAUCGAGAUCUAAGCAAGAUGAGGAACACAGAUCCCAUUCUAGUCGGGACUCCAGAUCAAAUCACACUCGUAGUAGAUCCAGAUCAAGCCAUGAACGUAGUUAUAAGCGCGAUAAAAAUCGGUCGCGAGAUCGUUAUCAUCAUAAAAUAAAAUAAGUUGUUUAAAAUUUAAA